AUGGAGGUAGGAAGAGGAGAUCAAUGGAAUAGAGUGUUUAGAAGAAGGCGGCGUGCUAGAGCACGAUGGGAAAGUAAGGAUAGCAGCAGGAAUGAAAACUUUCGGGAGAAUAGAAGAUUAUCUUCUUUCUUUUUCUCAUCUUUUGCAGAUAACCUAAAUGCAAAAAACAUGUAUGAGACUUUUCGGUCCUUUGGUGAUAUAGAUGAGGUGUUUAUUCCGGCAAAGCGAGAUGCAAGGGGAGGUCGUUACGGUUUUGUUCGUUUCUUUGAUGUGGAAGAUGAACGAAAACUUGCCAUAAAGCUGGUUAAUAUCUUUAUAGGAGCUAGGAAACUCCAUGUUAACUUGCCAAGGUACCAGAGGAGACAUAAUGUGCAGGUAGAAGGAGCUCAUAGGAGAGAAUAUGGUAAGGAGCAGGUACCCUUGAAGACAGGUAAACCGGAUUCAGUUUUUAAACCUGGCUGUUCUUAUGUGGAUGCGUUAAAUAAUACAAUCAAUACUGACACAAAAGUGAAAGCCAUGAAAAAAGUUUUAUGCAUUGUGGAAGAUGAAGAUUUGAGGAGAUUUAAGAAGGCUUUCGUGGGCUUGGUGUUAAAGCCAGGGAGCUCUUAUAAUUUUCAAGAAACUCUCAACCAAGAAGGCUUUUAUGCUAUUCAAUCCACUCCUCUUGGUGCAAACAUGUGUCUGUUAGAAGAUAGGCUGGAAGGUGCAAUUCAAUCAUGGUUAGCAGAUGAAGAGGAGUGGGUGAAGCGCUGGUUUAAGGAAGUUCGUCCAUGGAAUCCGUCGGAUGUAGACAAAGAAAGAAUUACAUGGAUUCAUUGUUAUGGUGUGCCGUGUCAUGCGUGGUUGCCAGAUGUCUUUAGGAAAAUCCUAACGCCGGUGGGAAAUUUCUUGUGUGCUGAUGAUAAUACGAGGCAAAAAACAAAAAUGGAUGUAGCCAGGGUCUUAGUUAAAACAGGCGAUCCUAAAGCCAUCUUAGAAGAUAUUGAGGUGAUCAUCAAUGGUGAAAGUUUUGUGGUAAACCUUGUUGAGGAUGCACAAUGCCCCCUUCGAUGCCUUCCCUCUGUUGGUUCAUCGGAAAUUUCAGAUUCAGAAGACGAUAUGUCAAAUCCAUGGCAACACGAUGAGGAAGAUGAACAGGCAUUGGAAGCGGAGGCGGGUGAAGUAGGUGAAGUAGGCUGUGACCUAACUUCUUUUCACGAAAAGGAGAUAUUCAGAAGGAUAUAG